GGACCCCCUCUGGGAGAGCCCCAUGAGGGCAGGAGAGUGAUGGAGAGUACGCCCAGCUUCCUGAGGGACACCCCGGCCUGGGAGAAGACCGCCCCCGAGAACGGCAUCGUGGGACGAGAGCCGAGUGCCCUGCCACGGGACGGCCUGCGCCACGGGGCCCUGUGCCUGGGAGAGCCGGCUCCCUUCUGGAGGGGUGUCCUGAGCACCCCAGACUCCUGGCUCCCCCCCGGCUUCCCUCAGCGCCCCAAGGACACGCUCCCACUGGUGGAGGGCGAAGGCCCCCGGAACGGGGAGAGGAAGGCCGGCUGGCUGAGCGGCAAGGAGGGGCUGCGCUGGAAGGAGGCCAUGCUCGCCCACCCGCUGGCGUUGUACGGGUCCGCGUGCCCGCCUCGCUACGGCCCCCUGACUCCUGAGCACGGCGGCGGCCAUCCCAAAAGUGACCCUGUGGCCUUCCGGCCCUUGCACUGCCCCUUCCUUCUGGAGACCAAGAUCUUGGAGCGAGCUCCGUUCUGGGUGCCCACCUGCUUACCACCCUACCUAGUGUCCAGCCUGCCUCCAGAGCGUCCGUGCGACUGGCCCCUGGCCCCGCACCCCUGGGUGUACUCGGGGGGCCAGCCCAAAGUGCCCUCUGCCUUCAGCUUCGGCAGCAAGGGGUUCUGCCAUAAGGAUCCGAGUAUUCUCAGGCUGGCGAAGGAGCCGUUGGCCGCUGUGGAACCUGGGUUGCUGGGCUUAGCCCCUGGCGGGCCUCUCCAGAGGAGCGGGGAGGCAGAGGGCCCUUCACUCCACCCGAGGGACGGGGAGCCAGGCCUCGGCAGGCAUCAGAAUCUUUGCCCACUCCUCCUGGGGCAUCCAGACACUGUCCCCCGGGCCCCCUGGCCCACCUGUCCCCCAGGCCUUGGCAAUGUCUGGACUGUGUCGGGCGGUGGCAGCGGCGGGGGCCUUGGGUACCAGCUGAGGCCAUCUGCCGCACCGAGGUGCCCCUCCCCCGGGCCUCCCACCACCCCGGGGGGCUGUUACUCACCCCACCCACCCGCCGGAGAUGGAGGCCUUAGCCCUUGUGGGAAGUGCCAGGAGGGCCGGGAGGGGGGCUCGAGGGGGUCCAGUGAGUCCAUCGAGGAAGCAAGCAAGGCCUCCGGUCCCAGGGCCUGCCCGCCCAACCACCACACCAAGCUGAAGAAGACAUGGCUCACCAGACACUCUGAGCAGUUUGGGUGCCCGGGGGGCUGCCCCGGGGGGGAGGAGGAGAGCCCAGCAGUCGCCCCGCUUCGGGCCCUCAAGAGGGCAAGUAGCCCUGAGGUCCAGGGAGUGGCCGGCAGCCCAGCCGCCAAGCGCCCCCCUGACCCUUUCCCGGGCAGAGCAGGGCAGGACGUCCUGGACUCGUCCCCGGAAAACAAGGCGGAGGCAGAACAGCACGCUGACCGCAGAGGACCCCGACACGGCAGGGCCAGCCUGCAGGACCCAGGGCGUCAGGAUGCACCUUGCUCAGCUCCCCGGGCAGGCAUCGCGCAGUGCCAGAGCUGUGCCCAGGCGGCGAGAGAGGCGGGAGGGCUGGCCUGCCACUCCCAGCCAGCGCCCAGAGAAUCCUCUCUGGGAGCGGAGCAGCAGGAGGAAGACUCGGCAGCCAGCUCCGAGGAGGGGGGAGGCUCCGGCCCCAAGGCCGGGCCCAGCGUGGGCCUCGCCAAACACCUCCUGAGUGGUUUGGGGGACCGGCUGUGCCGCCUGCUGCGGAGAGAGCGGGAGGCCCUGGCCUGGGCCCAGCGGGAAGGCCAGGGGCCGGCCAGGACAGAGGACGACCCAGGCGUUCCAGGUUGCUGCAGCCGCUGCCACCAUGGACUCUUCAACACCCACUGGAGAUGCCCCCGCUGCAGCCACCGGCUGUGUGUGGCCUGUGGUCGCAUGGCGGGUGCUGGCAGGGCCAGGGAGAAAGCAGGCUCUCCGGAGCAGCCCACGGAGGAGUGUGCCCAGGAGGCUGGGCACAGCGCCUCUUCCCUGAUGCUCACCCAGUUUGUUUCCAGCCAGGCUUUGACAGAGCUGAGCGCGGCGAUGCACCAGGUCUGGAUCAAGUUUGAUAUCCGGGAGCACUGUCCCUGCCAAGCCGAUGCCCAGGUGUGGGCCCCUGGGGAUGGGGGCCAGCAGAAGGAGCCGAGACAGAAAAACACCCCAACCCCACAACCUUCCUGCAAGGAGGACACCAACAGGACCAAGGACAUCAAAGCGGAGACCCUGGACUCCACAGAGACCCCUGCCGAGGACCGUGCCAGCCGGGGGCCCCUGCCUUGCCCCUCUCUCUGUGAACUGCUGGCCUCCACCGCCGUCAAACUCUGCUUGGGGCACGAGCGGAUACACAUGGCCUUUGCCCCUGUCACUCCAGCCCUACCCAGUGAUGACCGAAUCACCAACAUCCUGGACAGCAUCAUCGCGCAGGUGGUGGAGCGGAAGAUCCAGGAGAAAGCCCUGGGGCCGGGGCUGCGGGCCGGGCCUGGCCUGCGCAAGGGUCUGGGCCUGCCCCUCUCCCCGGUGCGGCCGCGGCCGCCUCCGCCGGGAGCUCUGCUGUGGCUGCAGGAGCCCAGGCCUCGGGGAGCCUUCCGCCUCUUCCAGGAGCACUGGCGGCAGGGCCAGCCUGUGUUGGUGUCAGGGAUUCAGAGGACAUUGCAAGGCAGCCUGUGGGGGACCGAGGCUCUGGAGGCGCUCGGAGGCCAGGUGCAGGCGCUGACCCCCCUCGGGCCUCCCCAGCCCACAAACCUGGGCACUGCGGCCUUCUGGGAUGGAUUCUCCCGGCCUGAGAUUCGCCCAAAGUCAUCUGAGGCCUCCAUUCUCCUGCUGCACAGAGCUCUGCGGGCUGAGGACACAAGCAGGCUGGAGAGCCUGGCUGCCAGCCUGCCCCUCCCGGAGUACUGUGCCCCACACGGGAAACUCAACCUGGCUUCCUACCUCCCGCCCGGCCCUGCCCUGUGUCCACUGGAGCCCCAGCUGUGGGCAGCCUAUGGUGUGAGCCCGCACCGUGGGCACCUGGGGACCAAGAACCUCUGUGUGGAGGUGACUGACCUGGUCAGCAUCCUGGUGCGCGCGGAAGCCUCGCUGCCUGCCUGGCACCGGGCGCAGAAAGACUUCCUCUCGGGCCUGGACGGGGAGGGGCUCUGGUCUCCUGGCAGCCAGGUCAGCGCUGUGUGGCACGUGUUCCGGGCACAGGACGCUCAACGCAUCCGCCGCUUUCUCCAGAUGGUGUGUCCGGCGGGGGCUGGCAACCUGGAGCCUGGCACCCCGGGCAGCUGCUACCUGGACGCAGGGCUCCGGCGGCGCCUGCGGGAGGAGUGGGGUGUGAGCUGCUGGACCCUGCUGCAGGCCCCUGGCGAGGCCGUGCUGGUCCCCGCGGGGGCUCCCCACCAGGUGGGUCCCGGGGGCCGGGUUCUGCUGAGAGCUCAGAAUGCCAGAAACAGCGAGAACAGCAGCACAGCGGUGCUGCACCCCCGCCUGGUGCAGGGCCUGGUAAGCACAGUGAGCGUCACUCAGCACUUCAUGUCCCCUGAGACCUCUGCCCUCUCUGCUCAGCUCUGCCACCAGGGAUCCAGCCUGUCCCCUGACUGCCGCCUGCUUUGUGCCCAGGUGGACUGGGCUGUGUUCCAAGCAGUGAAGUUGGCUGUGGGAACAUUACAGGAGGCCAAAUAGAGGGGUCCCGGGGGUCUGGGGGGCAGGUAGACCAGGUGCUCAGCUCAGGCACAGCAUAAGCAGAGACGACGCUGGGGACUUGGGGACCUUCGGUUACUUCCACAAGCACCACUCUGGGUACGAGCAGGAUACUGAGGUUCACCCCUGCCCUUCGCAGGCUGGCACCUGCUCGGCCCCUAUGCCCCCUCCAUGGUAUCAGGCCCACACUGGGGGUGGCUGACGCCCUUCAACCCCCACCCCCCAACCCAGGAGACAAACAGCCUUUCCUUGAGGGACUUUGGGAAUCACUCUGGCUUAAGCAACACCUUUUGCUCCCUCAUCUCCUGCUAUCCCCCCUGUGCCAAGCUCUGUUAUACCACCCACCUCCUCACGGGACUCCGGGCGCCCAUGCACUGCAGGCAUCUGGACAAGGGGCCACUGAAAUCCUGCCCUCUUGUUCGAGGGAGAGCUGGGAGGUGUGGGGAGGGGGUGGCCUCAGGACACCCCCCAGGCUUGGCCAAAGGGAAUGAUAGGGGUGAGGCCCUGUCCCUGCUCCCUCCUCUCGCCUCCCUCCUUCCUGUUUUCCAUUAAAGUCUGUUGUUUUCUGAAAGCCACCAGGCCAGUGUGGUUGGCCCUGCUCCUGCUGGCCACAUGGAUUGGGGAGGGUGGGGAGACAUGGAAAUGGAACCCGGUGGGCAGGAGCUGGGCUGUCCCUGACAGGGGCCUCAAGCACCCUUGCCUGCUCUUCUUCCCUGGACCUGGGUCCCUCCCUCCCACGGAGAAGCAGAUGGAGCCCUCCCGGGGGCUACCCCUGAGGAUGCUCCUGACAGCGACAACAGCAAGGCAGAGCCCCGGGGCACAGCACAAGGUGGCUUUGACCCCAGCCCUCCCUGAAAAGUCCAGGCUACCCCAUCUCUUCUGUCCGAUCUGACUCGGAGCUCCCGGAGUGUGGCCCAGGAGAGUGGCACACUCCGGGAGUGUGGCCCUGGCCAGGGCCUGGCCUGCUGCCUGAGCCGGUUGGCAGCCCCUCCCCAUCCCCAGGGCUCUCUGGUGUGGCUCUGCCUGUUCCCCUGCCCUAGUACACCUCAGCCCAGCAUGCCCCACGCGUCAUAUCUGAUUGUUCUGCGGUGGUUCGGGAAAUGUGUGGUUUUUUUUUUUUUAAUAAAAUAAUUUUUUUAUUAUAAAUUU